CCGGGCAAAAUCACUCGAACAGACUUACACACAGAUCACAGCUCCUCGUAAGUGAUCAUCCUUUGAUUCGAUCGGCGAAAGUAAGUGAGUGAGUAAUCAUGGGCGGCGGGCACGACAUGCACGGCGGCGGCGGCGUGAAGGGGUUCGUGUCCAGCCUGGUCACCGGCGGCAAAGGCCACGGAUCAUACGGCGGCGGAUACGGCCACCAGCAGGGACACGGCUCAUACGGCGGUGGACAUGGCUACGGAUCAUCAUACGGCGGUGGCCAUGGACAACACGGCUACGAGCAGGGGUACGGCCAGCAGCACGGUCAUGGGCACGGGUACGAGCACGGCUAUGGCGGUGGCCAUGGCCAGCACGGGUAUGGAGGCCAUGGCUACGGCAACGAGCACGGCUACGGCGGCGGCCAUGGCCAUCAGCAGCAGCACGGAUACCCUCCUGUCGCCGCUGGCGCUUACCCUCCGCACGGCGGCUACCAGGCGCACGGCCACGGGCACGGCGGCUACGCGCCGGCGGCGUACCCCUCGCACGGCGCGCAGCACGGUCACAUGGGGAUGGGGUCGUACCACACGGGGCACGGCGGCUACGGCGGCCAUGGCGGGAAGCACAAGGGCAUGUUCGGCGGCAAGCACGGCCGCAAGUGGAAGUGAAGAACAGGCCUACACAUAAGACAUGUAUGCCGCCCGUCGACGCGCGAGCCCAGCUAAGGCAUGCCUGCCUUAGUUGAACUAUUAGUAACCAUGCUCAAUCCAUCCGUACCAGUAUCACCUAAAUAAAGAGCCACGCUAUGCUUGCAUGAACCGGUAAAAUGACUUGUGUUUGUACCGUGGCUGUGUACAAAACAAAGUUAUGCUGUAUGUCUACUCCAUGAUUAAACAAAAUGCAAAGGUAUAUGUACCGAACCCGGCCUGUGUUGUGUGCACGGAUUGCAGAGGAAAAUCUUGUAAACGCAUGGCAUCAUCACCCGGCCACCAGCCGCUUUAUACAAAACGGCAUUUCGUUUC